UAGAGGCAACUGUGAUAGGUCAACUGUCUGCGGCAGCCAAUCUGCGGGUCGCACAUCAGGGAAGAUGAGCCAAAAACCUCCAGACUUUUUCCCGUCCCUUUAUGACAAAAGUUCCUCUGCACCCUCGGAGGACAUAUUUAAUGCCUGGAAAAAAAUCUGGGUGGCUUUGAAAGAGAAGUCUCAGCAGAAGAAAGAGUCUGAGCUCGGCCCCGCGUGGCCCCCUGGUUUAGCCGAUAUUCCUUAUGAUCCCUUGAAGUUUUUUUCCACCGCCCAGUGGAGGGGGGCGACCCCCAAUUAUGUAGAUUUAGGUGAGAUAAGCGACCUCCAGUUUCAGAUGAAGGAGGCAGAGCUGUUAGAUAUUAUUGGAGAGGAACCUGACCCGAAGAGCUAUCAGCUCUUGGAGAAUGUCGGAGAUAAGACGAGGUGCAGGACAGACUCCGAUCAGGGUGCCAAGGAUCCCGCACCCCUUGCCAAUGUCAAGUCCCUUCCGGAAUCCAGUUCUGCUUUCAGCUAAAAGAUAAACCCACAGCUGUUUCAUCACAAGCAAUAUAAGAGGUUCCUUCCAACCUGCACAACCUGUUUGGCCCUACAGCAACUCCCUGAAGCAUCACGGCGAUACAAAUAACCGCAUAUAUUCCCAUUAAAUGAUUUCGAAUCUA